AGCCAAGAUCAACAUGGCCCUCAAUGUUUACACUCACUGGACAUCAUGAUACCUUGGGCCACUAUUUCUGCGUGUCGCUAUCUCACCUGGAGUGUUAAUUACCAGAGGAGAGCACUGCACGUUUUGCCCAGGCUGUGUUCUCAGCCUACAACAACAGGCUCAUUCGUACCUCUUGAUCAUCUUGUGAAUCGCCGACGUGAUGAAGCUCAGAGAUCACUGCUGGUGGAGGUGGCAGGGAUAGAGUCUGCAGUAGACUUACAUCAAGUGUGCUCUCAGUAUGGCACUGUCCAUAAAAUGUUUCAUUAUGUGCUUCAAUGUGGACAUAACAACAAGGAGAUGAUUCUUGUGGAGUUCAAAGAAUUGUCAUCACUUAAACAAGCUCUUCACUUUACUUGUUUAAAUUCUGCGAAAGAUGUACUCCCUACCCACUCGCCUUUUGUAUGCCUAUCAGCUGGUGAGUCAUCUGGUGGAGCCAUCAGUGCGCAGACUUUUAAAAAUAUAACAGAUCUUGUAACUUCCAAUACGACAUACUCCAGAGAAGAACUUAAGCAGCAUAUAUCUGAAUGUUCUGAUAUUUCAGAACAAAUUCAGAAGCUGUAUGAUAGCCAGAAAUUAACAGAACUGGACUGGAGACUAAGAUUUUUUACAUGUAGACAGAUAGAAGUUGCCUUGUCUGGGUUAUUUCCAAGAGCCACAGUUCUUCCGUUUGGUUCCUCUAUCAACUCAUUUGGAAACAUUAACUGUGACUUGGAUAUGAUUCUUGAGCUCUCUGGCUUCAGUGCUCAGGAAAAUUCUCAUCGACUAAUCUUCCAAGCAAAGAAAUCAUUAGCGUCUGCAAAUUCUCGGGUGGCAUUGCAACGACGCAUGGAACUCAUUUCAGGCAUCUUGGACAGCUUUGUACCAGGAUGUUCUCAGGUGCGGAAAAUUCUUAAUGCUCGGGUUCCCAUCAUAAAAUAUCACCAAGACCUGACUGAUAUAGAGUGUGAUCUUUCAAUGUCAAAUAGAUCUGGGUUCUACAUGAGUCAUAUGCUAUAUAUGUAUGGAAGCAUGGACCCAAGAGUGCGUCCACUGGUGUUUGCUGUGCGUCGGUGGGCUAGAGAUCGACACAUAACUUCACCGUUCUCAGGCCGUUGGAUCACAAAUUUUUCAGUUACAAUAAUGGUCCUCUUCUACCUAAUGAAUGUGUCACCUCCAGUAAUUCCAUCACUUCAGUUACUCAAGGUUAAUUCAGGCCCAGAUGAUGAUGAUGAAAGUUGUGUCAGAUUUAAUUUUCCAACAAAUCUUGGAAAGGUUGUGACAUCACAAAACAGAGAGUCUUUGGAAACACUCUUAAAAGGAUUUUUUGAAUUUUACGAUAAUUUCAACUUCAGGGAGCUAGGUCUUUCUGUUCUGCAUGGAAGAAGUUUUAUUAAGCCAGUGCACAGUGCUUUAUACAUUCAAAAUCCACUAGAAGGUGAACUCAAUGUUAGCCGAAAUGUUACUCUUGAAGAAGUAGAAAAGUUGCGUGCUGAACUUACUCAUGCAAGGUUUCUUCUGGAAAGCAGUGCUCAUAACAUUGAUGAUGCUGCCAGUAAUGAAGUAUGGGGUGCACUCUCUUUGUGGCCUGAGACUGCCACCUCAUCUGGACCAUCUCAUAUAAUUCAAGGUUCCUCAAAUUAUCCAAUAGACUGGAAAGAAGUAUUCCAUACUGAAAACAAAAAAUUAAUACAAUCCACUAAUACAAAAAAAUCAUCAUUGAAAGGCAACAGUGCAGGAAAUCAACAAAAAGAAAAUAAUAAUGGGAAUACAGUUUUUCUUAAAGCAGGCAGUGUGUCAAACAAAGGAAUGGGAGCCAGAGGUACUACCAAACUGGAUAAUCUUGUGUCUAAAUUGAAACAGAAAACCACACAGAGAGAACACAUUCCUCAUAGAAACAAGUUUAUGUAUAAGGGUAAAUAUAAGUGAUUUAAAAGUAUACUGUGUACAUUUUAAGUUAUAAUUAUACCGGCCUCAUGCAUAUUGGGUCUGUUGUGAUCAUCCUUGUAUGGCAUCUCCCACUGAGGUAGGGUGGCCCAAAGAAGAAACACUUUCUCCAUCAUUUACACUGUCAGUGUCUUGCCAAAGGCAAAAAUUAUUACUUUGAUAAGAACUGAUUAAUUAUUUUUGUGAAAAUUUGUCAUACAUUAAGGGAAUUAAUUCAAAUUUCUUGUUUAUGAUAGAGCAACAGUUAAUAGAGUGAACUGUUUUGACGAGUCUUUCAGUGUCCUUGCCUUGUGUCAGGCAUUGUUCUUCAGAAAUAUGUGGCUGGUAAGAUUAGUUUUUCUCAUGAUUAUUUAUGAAGUUUUGUGUCAUUGGAUGUUACUGUAAAUAAAAUGUAUAGUGUACAGAGUAAAUUUAUCAAUAAGUAUGUGCAGUAUUAUGUUAUUUAUUUGUUCUUCAUACUGUAUUUGAAUUUAUUACCCAGAUUUAGUAUACUAUAGGUAGUAGGUUGGUAGACAGCAACCGCCCAGGGAGGUACUACCGUCCUGCCAAGUGAGUGUAAAACGAAAGCCUGUAAUUGUUUUACAUGAUGGUAGGAUUGCUGGUGUCCUUUUUUCUGUCUCAUGAACAUGCAAGAUUUCAGGUACGUCUUGCUACUUCUACUUACACUUAGGUCACACUACACAUACAUGUACAAGCACAUAUAUACACACCCCUCUGGGUUUUCUUCUAUUUUCUUUCUAGUUCUUAUUCUUGUUUAUUUCCUCUUAUCUCCAUGGGGAAGUGGAACAGAAUUCUUCCUCCGUAAGCCAUGCGUGUUGUAAGAGGCGACUAAAAUGCCGGGAGCAAGGGGCUAGUAACCUCUUCUCCUGUAUAUAUUACUAAAUGUAAAAGGAGAAACUUUUGUUUUUCCUUUUGGGCCACCCCACCUCAGUGGGAUACGGCCGGUGUGUUGAAAGAAAGAAGAUUUAGUAUACUGUAUAGGACAGCAUUAUUCAUGGAAGUACUGAACCACUGUAAAGUUUAUUCAAUACUAAAACUAUCCUCUUUUUUUUUUUAAUACAUCAGCUGUUUCCCACCUGGACCAAGUUGUCUUAAGAUAGCUUUGUUAUAUUCAUAGGAAAACACUAAACCCAUAUGGGUCAUACAGUGACAGGAAGUAAUUGGGUUUAAUCCAAGGAAAAGAAGAUACAGUACAGGUACAACAUCGAUUUUCCAGACACUGAUGAUCCGGAACCACAGGAAUUUACAAGCAGGAACUUGAAAUUCCCAUGGCAGUGUAUUUACCACCAAAUUGUACGUCACUUAUUCACCCCCAAGAUCAAGGAAUACUGAGCUCUCUAAAGGUGGAAACAUCAGUAAUCCAGAAAGGCUUUGGAACCAAAGGUCUAGAAAAUCAAUGUUGUACUUGUACCUGGAAAAUAAGAGGUAAUCAGGCUUGAUCCAAUAAAAGGGAGGAUAACUCCAGUUCCUUGGAUUAAGGUACCCUUAGCCUUUUGUCAUUCUGUUAAUACAAGGUACAGUAAAUUAUGAUUCUGCCUUACCUUUUGUAACCUGUAACCCUGGGAGGACUGGGCUAUGGGGGACAUUGACCCCUGGAACAACCUCCAGGUAAAUAGACCAGACCAGAACAUAGACCACUCUUCUGGGCACUUACACAAAAGUUCAGUGGUAGAUCUCAUCCAUUAAUAAUGUAAUUAUAGGAGAGAUGAAGAACAAAAAAGGCACAAUACCAUGACUGGAACAAUGCACAAAAAUAACACAUGUAUAUAGGAGAGAGGAGCUUGCGAGGACGUUGGACCAAGUCAGACUGAAACAUCAUCAUAAGCUCCUCUCUCCUAUGUGCAGGUUAUUUUUCUGUAUAGGAGAGAUUUUUUUUCUAUUGCAAAACGAGGAAGAGCAGUCUCAACCUGUCUUAUACUCCUUACAGGAAAUUCCUUGAUGCUGGUGAGGGGCUCUUGAUUGAAGAAAUUGGACUUGUCCUCCACUUUCAUCUAUCAUAUCCACUUGCCUCCUGUUUCCCAGGUGCUGUAUGACCCCUGUGGGUUUAGUACUUCCUAAAUAUUAUCAUCAUCAACCUAUCUUAUGUUUACAAAAGAAAGCUAUCCAUCUCAUUGCAUCCCAUCCAUUGUUGAGUAAUUACAUGUAACUGAAGUUCCUGUUAGUCCUACAAGGGGGUGUACACCUGUGAUAUUCCAGUGACAGAUUUCAAGAGUUUUCCUACUACAGCCUGGCCAUUGCUGUGGUUCCUUGGAUGAUAGUGGGUUCUUGGUCCAAGGUCCAGUUUCCUAUAGAGGUAUUCUGUUCAGGGAUUAUUUUAGUGAUCUCUGCCCGUCUUCGUGGCUGUUGGCAACAAUGGUGGUCAGACAUGCACCAUAACAAAUUGCACUCUAUUAAAUCGCUUUUAGGUUUGUGGCCAUCUUCUUACCACCGUUGCCAUACUCGGGAGAUUGCGCUCUCCUGUCUCCUCAUCGGCCAUACUCACCUUACCCACGGGUAUCUCAUGGAACGACACCCUAUUCCUCUCUGUGAGGUUUGUCGGGUCCCUAUUUUGGUUCUUCACUUUCUUGUGGAUUUCCCAGUUUACCAGCGAGCUCACAGGAUUUACCUCCAAUGCUGCCACAGCCUACUGCUCUUACCUUACCUUCCCUUCUUGCAGACAGCCCUGCCUUUGACUUCCAAUCACUUUUUGACUUUUUGUCAGCAGCUGCUUUACUAUAUGAACUUUGACACAGCCCUUAGUGUCCCUUCCAGCCCUUUUCUCCCCUCACCUCUGAUCCCCUCUUCAUCUAGCUGUUUAUAGCCCUGGCACUAUUUUCUGCCCCACAGUGCUGCAUGACCCUUGUCGGUUUAGUGCUUUCUUUGAUUAUAAUAAUAAUAAUUGGUCCAAGCAAUUACAGCUGUUUUUUGUUCAUAGAGUCAAACCUAGUUUGUCCUGACUCCCAUCAUCUCCCAUUCUAUGGUAGUGCCUCUUGUAUUUUGUCCCACCCUCUUUCCUCUGGCAUUUUGGCCAGUGUGAGACUCUUUGGCCUGAGCUGCCAGUAAUUCUGGAUUGUGUAUUGUGAACACCUUGUGGAACCACCUGACCAUUGUAGGUUUAGCACUUCUUUUUGAUUAUAAUAAUAAUAAUGUGGAACCACUUCCAUUUUUUAAAUUAUGUAUUUUUUGCAAGUUUUAGAUUUCAACCUGAAGUGAAUUUAAGAAUCUGUACUGUAAUUGAGCUUUGUGGGACCACCCCAUUCUUUUAAACUAAUUUUGGCAGAUUUGUAACCUAGUUUAGAAAUCCCUCAAGGGAGGUUCCUUGAUGUUGGUGAGGGGCUCUUGUUCUAAGGAAUUGGACCAGUGCUCCAAUGCCUUGGGUCAAACCUGAAUACCUACCAUUCUUCCAGCCACUGUAUGACUCCUAUGGGUUUAACACUCCCUCUAGGAAUGUAAUAAUAAUAAUAGUUUGGAAACUGUUUAAAAUAUCUUGUAAAUUGUACUUUGUGGACUUUGCAUCAUUCUUACUCCCAGAAGCUGCAUCAUUGACCUUUGUCAUUUUAACUUUAUUAUAAAGCUGUUGCUUGUCUGCCUUAUUAUAUAAUGUUGCUUUAUUGUACACACCUGCUUUAUUAUUGUAUCCAUUUUUAUUUACAUGACUAAACCAUUUCUACUCCUUUCAAAGGAGCACUGUGAUGCUGAAAUGCUGUUGAUCCAAGUAACUAGAGCUACCUCCCAUUCCUCAUCCUUCAUCAGUGCUGUAUGACCCUGGUGGGUUUAGCACUUGGUUUUGAUUAUAAUAAUAAUAAUCCUCAUCCUUCAGUAAAGGUGACUUGAUGCUGGAGAAGAGCUCUUGAUCCAAGUAAUUGGAGUGUCCCUCUGGGUUGAAUAUAACCACUAUCACCCAAGGUGCUGCUGUUUGACCUUUACAGGGUUAUCACUCCCUGAAAUAAAUAAAAGCACUCCAUUCUGAGGUGCUGAAUGACCCCUAUGAGUUUAGCUCUUCUUCGUGCAUAUAAUCAUAAUCACUCGUUUUGUAUUUUGAAUUACUGUAUACCUUGUGCCCCAUCAACUAUUUUGCUCAUGCCUUAUAGUCUUUAUUAUUAUUAUCAAAACCAAGAGCUAAACCCACUAGGGGUUAUUAUAGUCUUCAUGAUAUUCAUGAAAACACUGAUCUUAAGACAUUACUGCUGUCUUCUUUAACCCUUUUGCAACCUUCAAUGAUCAGGUUUUAGAGCCAUUGACAAACUUACAUUCAUAAACUAUCUCACUCUGUGAUCAGUUUUGAAAAUUUUCUCUUCACAGUCCAGACUGGAGCCAGGUUUUUCUGUUGAUUUUCUGUUUGACUAGAUUUAGUAUUUAGUUAUGAUAAUAAUAAUAAUAAUAAUCUGUUCAACCAAGCUGUUGCUGUUGGUGCCCUGCUGGACCACACAUUCAUCACAGCCUGAUUGAUUUAGCACUAUGCAGAGGUAGUGAUCCAGUUUCCACUUUGAAAACUUCCAAGCUUGUUUCAACAUUUCUGUUAUUAGCUGGUAUUAAGUUGAAUAGUUAUUAUUAUUAUUUUAUAAUAAAAAAGAAGCGCUAAAUCGUUGAAUAGUUAUGGAUCGUAGAUGUUGACAGUGUCGUCAUAUAUGCCUGUGUCAUCUCUGAUUUUCACUGGGAGUGGGCCCCUCAAUGAGGUUCCUUGAUGCUGGUGAGGGGCUCUUGAUCUAGGGAAUUUGAUCAGUGCUCCAGUUCCCAGAAUUGAGCCUGAAUACCUUCAUCCCCCACUACAGGCGCUGUAUAAUCCUACAGGUUUAGCCCUCCCCCGUGGUUAAAAUAAUGAUAAUAAUAUGGGAGUAGGAGUGUGUAAGUUUGGGACAGGGCCCUCAAGUAUCUUCCAGGAAUGUAAUAAAGUUGGUAGAAUUACCGACUACGUAAAGUAAAGG